CAGCAGGAAAGAUGGGCGGGUCUUUACGAGUCCGAAGCUCUUCCAACGUGCGUCCUGAGGAAAGGAAAAGAAAAGGAGGAAAGUAAAGACAGAUAGAGGAGGAAAAGAAAAGGGAAAAAAAGGAUAGAUCUGCAGUUACGAUCAGAAGUGAAAGGAGAAGCGUUUAAAUAACCGGAUCGUUUGGAUUUGAGCUGUUUUUUUUUUGAUGAGAAGCUUCACCGGUCUCGAGCGCAGAAAGUUAGCUCAGGAUCCGCGGCGGCUUUUACACACAAACCCUGUGAUGUUUUUGUGUGUUAUUCUACACAGAGACACGCAAAAGAAGACGUUCACGAUGCUUUCUUCGCAUCCAGACCACGUCAUGGAGGAUAAAUAAUCAACCAAAACAAACCUGACUCGGAUCUGUGGAGAGAUUAGAUCAGAACUGAUAGACACAAAAUGGCGGCGGCUCUGGGACACAUUUCAUAUUAUGUUUUUUAUUGCCUCGUAACCAUGGAACUGUUCAUCGUUCACGGCUCGAGCUCGGAUUUGCCCUGUUCACAAAACUGCACGUGCACUUCAGACGCGACCGACUGCAGCCACCGGAAACUAACCGAUAUUCCCAAAGAUUUACCGGAUCGGACCGUGUAUCUAAACCUGAGCCACAACAUGCUGACGGCAGUCGAUACGGACAUCCUGUCCAAUCUGCCCAACCUUAAAGAAGUGAGACUGGACCACAAUGAGCUGACAUCAAUCCCCGAGUUUGGCAGCGCCCCGCCAGCCAUCGUCACUCUCCAUCUGCACCAUAAUAAGAUUAGCGGCGUGCAGGGCAGCCGUCUCCGAAACCUCACCCACUUGGAGACUCUGGACCUGAGUAAUAAUGACAUCAUCGAUGUGAGAGAACACUGCUUCCCUCGUGGCCUCCGUGUCCGAGAUCUGUCGCUCAGCAGUAAUAAAAUUGUACACCUGGAGUUUGGUGCGUUCAGGAACCUGAACGACACUCUGCAGGUCCUGAGGCUCAGCAGGAACCGGCUCACCCAGCUGCCUGUCAAAGGCCUCGAGCUUCCCAGACUAACACAGCUGGACCUGAGCAGGAACCGGCUGCGCUUGAUCGAAGGCCUGACCUUUCAGGGUCUCUCCAUCCUGGAGGUUUUGAAACUCCAGAGGAACAACAUCAGCAAGCUCACAGACGGGGCGUUCUUCGGUCUGGCACGCAUGAGAACCCUCCAUUUGGAGUAUAACAGUCUGAAAGAGGUGAACAGUGGCUCUCUGUAUGGCCUCCAGUCACUGCUACACCUCCAUCUGUCCAACAACUCCAUCUCGAGCUUCAACCCUGAGGGAUGGCGCUUCUGCGAGAGGCUACGAGAGCUGCAUCUGGACCAUAACAACUUGACAAAGCUGGCCGAGGGCAGUUUUGUGAAGUUAGCCAACUUGCAGACUCUUCAGCUGAGCCACAACUCUAUCAACUAUAUAGCAGAGGGAGCUUUCAGAGGUCUCAGCUCCUUACGCUUACUGGAUCUUGACCACAAUGACAUUUCUGGAACAAUCGAGGACACCAGCGGUGCCUUUGCAGGCCUAAAGAAACUCCGGAAGCUGACACUGUUUGGAAACAGGAUCAAGUCGGUGGCCAAGAAAGCCUUCUCAGGCCUGGAAGCCCUUGAGCACCUAAACCUGGGCGGAAACGCCAUCCUCUCCAUUCUACCAGACGCCUUCAACAAUAUGAAGAACCUCCGCAGCCUCGAGAUCCUCAGCGAUAGCUUCCUGUGCGAUUGCCAGCUGCACUGGUUUCCUGAGUGGGUUGUGGCACGAGAGCUACAGUCUGGCAUCCACGCCAUGUGCGCACACCCUGAGAGCCUGAAGGGCACCAGCAUCUUCCAGGCUCCUGCACAGAGCUUUGUUUGUGAUGAUCUGCCUAAACCUCAGAUCACGGUUCACCCCUCAGCCACAGCUGGCGUGUUAGGCAAAGACGUGCGUUUGACGUGCAUGGCUGUAAGCAGCAGCAGCUCGCCCAUGACCUUCACAUGGCGGAAAGACCAGGAGCCACUGCCUCAUGCCCACGUGGAGAACUCUGCCCACUCCACCUCCAAAGACAGCCCAGGAAUCAUGGAGUACACAACCGUCCUCCAUCUACGCAACGUCAAGUUCGAGGACGAGGGCCGCUACCAGUGCGUCAUCUCCAAUCACUUUGGCUCCACCUACUCCAACAAAGCACGUCUCAGCAUCAGCGUGCUGCCUUCAUUUGUGAAGACCCCACGUGACCUCACCAUCCGGGCUGGUGCAAAGGCCCGUCUGGAGUGCGCAGCAAAAGGUUAUCCACCUCCACAGGUUGCUUGGCAGAAAGACGGUGGCACGGAUUUCCCGGCAGCCCGUGAGCGGCGCAUGGAGGUGAUGCCCGACGACGACGUGUUCUUCAUAAUGCACGUGAAGCCUGAAGACAUGGGUGUGUACAGCUGCACAGCCAGAAACACCGCAGGCAUGAUCUCUGCCAAUGUCACGCUCACCGUGCUGGAAAUGCCUCACCUCCUGCAGGGGAUGGAGGACCGCAGUGUGGUGCUUGGCGAGGCAGUGGCUCUGCAAUGUAAAGCCAUGGGUAGCCCUCCUCCCCGAAUCACCUGGCUGCAUGGGGGUGAGCCGCUGCACCCCAGUGAGCGCCAUCAUUUCACCCACGCCAACCAGCUUCUGGUGAUCAGCAGCUCCAUGCUGGAGGAUGCUGGACGCUACACUUGUGUCAUGUCCAACCCUCUAGGCACCGAGCGUGCCCAGUGUAGCUUGACCGUGAUCCAGCGACCUGGUGGCAAUUGCCACAUGAACGCCAGCUCUGGGGCGGUCACUGUAGGCAUUGUCGUGAUCGCCGUGGUUACAAGUGUCGUGGCGACCUCUUUGGUGUGGGUGUGCAUCAUCUACCAGACAAGGAAGAAGAGCGAAGAGUGCAGCGUCAACACGGAUGAGACCAUUGUUCCUCCUGAUGUCCCAAGCUACCUGUCCUCACAGGGCACGCUGUCUGAGAGGCAGGACGUAUGUAUAAGAGUGGAGUCCAGCGGAGGAUCCCAGCCGAGUGGCCACACUCACAACAAUGGAGGUUUUGAUGUUCCAGUCCUGUGUACUGAUUGCAUGGAAAACGGUAACAGCUACUCCAGGCCACCAGACUACUUUUGCCAUGGCAUUACACCUUCUUCAGGCAUGGAGUACCAACAGGUGCAGCCUCCAUCGACCUUCAGCAGCGUUAAGACGGGCGACGGGCACUGUAACGGCAUGCCAAACGGAGUCAGGAAAGAGGCGACGCCUACGUCGCACAAGAAAAAUGCUGAUAGAAAAGGAUCCGUGACCAGUAGGACAGGAACAUCGUCUCCGAGCGAGAGCCACCAUCGGCCGGUAAAACCGACCUCCAUUCCCUCAACCUGCACGGACGCUGAGCUCACACAGACUCUGUUACCCAACGGCCACACACACUCGAGUGAGACCGCCCACCUCAGGCGGGCUAGUGACUAGCACCUAGCGCAAUACCAAGUGAAGACUUUUGUAUUGCUAUUUUUCGUAUCCUGUUUGCACUGUGAACUGCUACCUCACACCGUGGGGCGCACGUGGAGCUCGUCCUGCGUCUGAUCGUGGAGUCUAGGCGCCCGGGUUUGAAGGCAAAGCUUGAACGAGGGGCCGUCCGUGCCCUAGUCUGAGCGUUACAUCUGUAUAUAAUGUUUAAAUUCGCCUCAGGGAGGCUUCGUUGACCGCAAAAAAAAAAAAAAAGAUGAUAAUAAGUGACUUGCAUUUGAAGCAUGUUAAUGUAGGGAAUAUUGUAUAAUACAAGAGAGUGCUCUAAUGUUGGACUUUAAAUUGUACAUAAGAGUUUUCAUAUAUAUCUAUAUUAUUAUUAUAUAACUUUUACAGAAGAGUAUUUGAAUCUAUUCUGUGCAUGGUCCGAUCAGAGUGAUGCUAUUUUUUCCUCCCUUUUUAUAAAGCUCCCAGCCCUGGUGCCUUACAGCAUGAACAAAGAAUUUGCAAGUCUGUCAUCCGCUUCUCUUGGGGCGAAACCUUUGGGUUUUUUUUUUUUUUUUUUUUUUGUGAAAUAGGAAUCGGAUCUAAGAUAAAUACCAUCAUCUCCAGCUACGACCUUAUGACUCGGUUCAUAUUUGCUGGUGUUGAAUAAGAGAAACGCUCGGUUUGGUACAGUAAGCUCGAGAAGGGGGUGAAGAAAUGCAAAUCAGCACUUUGGUUGAAAUAACAUGAGAUUUAUCACCGUUUAAGAUUUUAAAUACGUAUAGGAAGGUUGAUAUUUUCACACUUUUUUUCACUAGAAUAAAUACUGAACUUUAUACUCGGCAGCCUAAUUCACAAUUCUGCAGCUGAAACCUACUAACUGUGGAGGCUAAAAACCUGUGAUUCUCAUCAUUUGCACAGCUUAAAAUAUGGGGGGAAAAAAAUAAAAGAUUCAGCUUUUCCAUUUGCUAAAAGGUACCAAAUCGUAGUUGUUAGCCAGCGGUAAAAUUUCAAAUCUAAAAUGUGCGCUAACAACAAAACAUGGUAAGAAAGAAAUUUCUUAGCGCGUAACAAAAGGGAUAAAGAUAAACUACUUACACGGGGAAAAGGCAUCGUUAUCUGUGUUAGCUGGUGUUCAGGAGCUUUUUCAAUGUCUACACACAGGGAAUGGCCAGUAUCUUCAGUAAACACCAUUAGAUAAUGCUACGUCAACGUUACUGAACGCCUCAUUAGCUAAUGCUAACUCUAGCCUCUUUAAACCAAAUAAUAGGUACUAAGCAAAUAACUCAAAUCUGUGAGGCUUUUUAAGCCAACCCAUUUUUUUUUUUUUUUUUUUUUUUACAGAAACCAAACUGAGAGAAUAUUUUGUUUACUGUAGAAAAUAUCUAGCGAUGUUACAGCAGUUCUGUCACUCUGUUACCCAACUAACUGGCUAGACUUUUAGCUAACCAGCUAACUCAAAAUGAAGAAAAAAAAAAGAGCUUUGCUUCACGUUCUCCUGAAAAAACACGUAAAAGGGUUUACCUGCUAAUUUCCGUAGCUCGCGUGUCGUAGCAGAGACUUGCUCACUUUCCUUUCAUAUUAAUUUAUUGAAAAGAAACACAAAUAGCUGUACAUUUGCAACGUUGAUAUUGUGACGUGUGGCAAGUUGACAUGUCUAUUAAAAUCACAUUCUGCUCUUUGA